ACCAAGGCCCGUCGAAGAAACGUCGCGGCAAAGCGCCACGGUCCCGGACGCAUCUUGCAUGCGGUGAGGGAUCGCCGUUGGAAGACGGACAAAAUGGCGGCCCGCGACGUGUGCCGAAACGUGCUGCUGGCGCUGCUGACCAUGGCUUCUACAGGCUCGGCCAGCGAGUACUAUGCCCGCUGGGACCACCUAGACAGUAGGCCUCUACCUCAAUGGUAUGACCAGGCCAAGGUCGGUGUGCUCCUCUACUGGGGUGUGUUCUCGGUGCCGAGCUUCGGGUCCGAGUGGCUCUGGUACCACUGGAAAGGUCGCCAGAACAGCCUCUUCUCGGACUUCAUGCGCGCCAACUACCGGCCCAACGUCACCUACCAGGAGUUUGCCUCGGGCUUCACCUGCGAGCUUUACAACGCAGAGAGAUGGGUGGACCUCUUACUCAAGUCCGGCGUGAGGUACGCCGUGUUCACGGCAAAGCACUUCGAGGGCUACACUCUCUGGCCUUCGAAGCGUUCGUGGAACUGGAACUCCGUCGACAUCGGGCCGAAGCGGGAUCUUUUAGGCGAGUUCGCCAAAGUGCUGAAGACGACCACGAACAUCCGCCUGGGCGUCUACUACUCGCUGUACGAGUGGUUCAACCCUCUUUUUCUUGAUGACAGAGAAAACAACUUCAAGACUAAUGAGUUCAUCCAGUUCAAGAUCCUGCCGGAACUGUAUGAUCUUGUGAGGAAGUACGAGCCGGAAGUCAUCUGGGCAGACGGUGAUUGGGAAGCGCCGGACGUGUACUGGGAAAGCCCAAAGUUCCUGGCUUGGCUCUACACGAACAGCUCCGUUCGAGAGACAGUAGUCACCAACGACCGCUGGGGCAAAGGACUUUGGUGCAAACAUGGCGACUUCAGGAACUGCAAAGACGGUCACAACCCGAAGACGCUACAGAAGUACAAGUUCGAGAACGUGAUGACCCUGGACAAACCGUCGUGGGGCUACAGGCGCAACGCGCAGCUCAAGGACUACGUCACCGACCACGAACUCGUGACCACACUUGUGGAAACCAUCAGCUGCGGCGGCAACUUGCUCAUCACGCUGGGCCCCACGCACGACGGGCGCAUCCCGAUGGUCUUUGAGGAGCGGCUCACCGCCUUGGGCGCGUGGCUCGCGCUGCACGGCGAAGCGGUCUACGCGAGCAAGCCUUGGGCUGCGCAGAACGACUCCGUCUCCGCCGACGUGUGGUACACGACCUCGGAUUUCCCGCCGCCGGCUCCGUUGCCACCCGCAGAGCCGCCCGCCUCCGUGGUAGAGCAGCACGACAGCUUCUUUCGUCCCAAGACGGGGCCGCCGCCGACGAUGCCAGUGCCCGACAAAGGUCCUGUGGUGUACGCAUUCCUAGUCCAGUGGCCCACCAGCGGCUUUCUGCGGCUCGGCUCGCUGGCCGUCAACGAGAACACACACGUGCAGCUCAUUGGCCAUGCCCCUCGUCUCACCUGGAAACCCAUUGGUCGCCUGGUCCUGAUCGACCUGCCCCCGCCCCCGGUUAACAUCGCGACCCACGUCGGUGUCUGGGUGCUCAGGAUAACAAACGUGGAGCCCUCACCGCCACCAGGCGCCUUCUAAGACGAUGCUGCUUAACGCCUCACCUUUGUUUGCAUGUCGCCAGCGU